AUGGAGGCGGCGCACCUGCUCCCGGCCGCCGACGUGCUGCGCCGCUUCUCGGUGACGGCGGAGGGCGGCCUGAGCCCCGCGCAGGUGACCAGCGCGCGGGAGCGCUACGGCCCCAACGAGCUCCCGACCGAGGAAGGGAAGUCCCUGUGGGAACUGGUGCUGGAGCAGUUCGAGGACCUGCUGGUGCGGAUCCUGCUGCUGGCCGCCCUGGUCUCCUUUGUGCUGGCCUGGUUCGAGGAGGGCGAGGAGACCAUGACGGCCUUCGUGGAGCCGCUGGUCAUCGUGCUGAUCCUGGUGGCCAACGCGGUCGUGGGCGUGUGGCAGGAACGCAACGCCGAGAGUGCCAUCGAGGCCCUGAAGGAGUACGAGCCCGAGAUGGGCAAGGUGCUGCGCUCGGACCGUGCCGGCGUGCAGAGGAUCCGGGCGCGGGACAUCGUCCCCGGGGACAUCGUGGAGGUGGCGGUGGGAGACAAAGUGCCUGCCGACCUCCGCCUGGUGGAGAUCAGGUCCACCGCGCUGAGAGUGGACCAGUCCAUCCUGACAGGUGAGUCCGUGUCCGUGACCAAGCACACAGAUGCCAUCCCAGACCCCAGAGCUGUGAACCAGGACAAGAAGAACAUGCUGUUUUCUGGCACCAACAUCGCCUCGGGCAAGGCCGUGGGCGUGGCCGUGGCCACGGGCCUGAGCACGGAGCUGGGGAAGAUCCGGAGCCAGAUGGCGGCCGUGGAGCCCGAGCGGACGCCGCUGCAGCAGAAACUGGACGAGUUCGGGCGGCAGCUGUCCCACGCCAUCUCCGUCAUCUGCGUGGCCGUGUGGGUCAUCAACAUCGGCCACUUCGCCGACCCGGCGCACGGCGGCUCCUGGCUCCGGGGCGCCGUGUACUACUUCAAGAUCGCCGUGGCCCUGGCCGUGGCCGCCAUCCCCGAGGGCCUCCCGGCCGUCAUCACCACGUGCCUGGCGCUGGGCACGCGGCGCAUGGCACGCAAGCACGCCAUCGUGCGGAGCCUGCCCUCCGUGGAGACGCUGGGCUGCACCUCCGUCAUCUGCUCCGACAAGACGGGCACGCUCACCACCAACCAGAUGUCGGUCUGCCGGAUGUUCGUGGUCGCUGAGGCAGAAGCUGGUGCGUGCCGCCUGCACGAGUUCACCAUCUCUGGCACCACCUACACCCCGGAGGGCCAAGUGCUGCAGGGGGAGCAGCCGGUGCGCUGCGGGCAGUUCGAUGGGCUGGUGGAGCUGGCGACCAUCUGUGCCCUGUGCAACGACUCCGCCCUGGACUACAACGAGGCCAAGGGCGUGUAUGAGAAGGUGGGAGAGGCCACGGAGACGGCGCUGACGUGCCUGGUGGAGAAGAUGAACGUGUUCGACACCAGCCUGCAGGGCCUGUCCCGGGUGGAGCGAGCCGGCGCCUGCAACGCGGUCAUCCGCCAGCUGAUGCGGAAGGAGUUCACCCUGGAGUUCUCCCGAGACCGCAAGUCCAUGUCGGUGUACUGCACGCCCACCCGCCCUGGCCCGGCGGCCCAGGGCAGCAAGAUGUUUGUGAAGGGGGCUCCGGAGAGUGUGAUCGAACGCUGCUCCUCAGUCCGAGUGGGGAGCCGCACAGUACCCCUGAGCGCCACCUCCAGGGAGCAGAUUCUGGCCAAGGUCCGGGACUGGGGCUCGGGCUCGGACACGCUGCGCUGCCUGGCGCUGGCCACGCGGGACACGCCCCCGAGGAGGGAAGACAUGCAGCUGGACGACUGCAGCAAGUUCGUGCAGUACGAGACGGACCUGACCUUCGUGGGCUGCGUGGGCAUGCUGGACCCUCCGAGGCCGGAGGUGGCCGCCUGCAUCGAACGCUGCCGCCGGGCAGGCAUCCGUGUGGUCAUGAUCACGGGGGACAACAAGGGCACGGCCGUGGCCAUCUGCCGCCGGCUGGGCAUCUUCCAGGCCGCGGAGGACGUGACGGGCAAGGCCUACACGGGCCGGGAGUUCGACGACCUCAGCCCCGAGCAGCAGCGCCACGCCUGCCGCACCGCCCGCUGCUUCGCCCGCGUGGAGCCCGCGCACAAGUCCCGCAUCGUGGAGUUCCUGCAGUCCUUCAACGAGAUCACCGCCAUGACUGGAGAUGGGGUGAAUGACGCCCCAGCCCUGAAGAAAGCAGAGAUCGGCAUCGCCAUGGGCUCCGGCACAGCCGUGGCCAAGUCGGCAGCAGAGAUGGUCCUGUCGGAUGACAACUUUGCCUCCAUUGUGGCUGCGGUGGAGGAGGGCCGGGCCAUCUACAGCAACAUGAAGCAAUUCAUCCGCUACCUCAUCUCCUCCAACGUGGGCGAGGUCGUCUGCAUCUUCCUCACGGCCAUCCUGGGCCUGCCCGAAGCCCUGAUCCCUGUGCAGCUGCUCUGGGUGAACCUGGUGACGGACGGCUUGCCUGCCACCGCCCUGGGCUUCAACCCUCCAGACCUGGACAUCAUGGAGAAGCUGCCCCGAAACCCCCGCGAGGCCCUCAUCAGCGGCUGGCUCUUCUUCCGGUACCUGGCUAUUGGAGUGUACGUGGGCCUGGCCACCGUGGCCGCCGCCACCUGGUGGUUCCUGUAUGAUGUCGAUGGGCCUCACAUCACCUUCUACCAGCUGCGGAACUUCCUGAAGUGCUCUGAGGACAACCCGCUCUUCGCCGGCAUCGACUGCCAGGUUUUCGAGUCGCGCUUCCCCACGACCAUGGCCUUGUCUGUGCUGGUGACCAUCGAGAUGUGCAACGCCCUCAACAGCGUCUCCGAGAACCAGUCGCUGCUGCGGAUGCCGCCCUGGCUGAACCCCUGGCUGCUGGCAGCUGUGAUCAUGUCCAUGGCCCUGCACUUCCUCAUCCUGCUCGUGCCGCCCCUGCCGCUCAUUUUCCAGGUGACCCCCCUGAGCGGGCGCCAGUGGGGGGUGGUGCUCCAGAUAUCUCUGCCCGUCAUCCUGCUUGAUGAGGCCCUCAAGUACCUGUCCCGGCACCACGUGGACGAAGAGAAGGGCCGGCAGUGA